CUUCAGGACCUCAAAGCAGGGCGUUUCCGUCUUAAGCUAGCUCUGGAGUCUGCUUACAUCCAGCUCAGUGCAGAGGACACACUAACCCUGAAAAGUGUGGCUGAGGCAAGUUCAGCACCUUUGGACUUGAAGAUGGCCCCUUUCCAGACCAAUAAGGAACUGAUUUCUACAGGAAUAAAGGAGUUUAACGUUCUGCUGAAUCAGCAGGUCUUUAACGACCCUCUCAUCCCUGAAGAGAGCAUGGUGACUGUGGUGGAUGACUGGGUAAACUUGUACAUCAACUACUACAAGAGCCACGUGCUUGGGGAGCAGCAGGAAAAAGACAAGGCGCUGCAAGAACUCCAGCAAGAGCUGAGUACUUUGGGCAGUCAGUUUCUGACCAAAUAUAGGACCAUUCUGAAGAGCAGAGAGCCCUCAAACAGUGAACUACCUUCCUCAUAGCCUGAAGGCUGAAGGUAUCACAUCUGAGAACCCUGUAGUCUUGGCUCUGGAUUAUGUCUCCAGACUAUUCUCUCAUGACGUUGCUGGACCUUGACAUCUCAAUAAAGACCAAUACGAAUUUGUUGA